AUGCGGCUAGUGGAUGACCCGCUCGUGCCCGUCCGUUUGGACCUCGAGAUCGGAGAUCAACGGCUGCAGGACGCCUUCUGCUGGAACAGCAACGAGCCGGAUGGGGAGAUAGCGGCCUUUGCAGAGGGCCUCGUGAGGGACACGAAGCUUCCUCCCUACUUCCUGCCGCACAUCACACAGGCCAUACAGGCCCAGGUAGCUGAAUUUCGAUCACUACAUGCGCAGGACCUCGCAGCAGUGCUUGGAGCCAGUGAGGAGAACGUGCACCUGGUGAAGCUGGAUGUGUGUACAACCACAUGCAUCAUUCGAGACCAAUUCUUGUGGGAUUUGAACAACCCAUACGCGGAUCCCGAGGCCUAUGCUGCUGGCCUUUGCUCUGAUCUUGGGAUUACCGAUGCCGACCCACAAGCACAGGUCUGGGUUGCAGUGACUCUGCGAGAGCAAUUGCUAGAGCUGGCCCGCCAGAUGCUCGCUUCUAAGGAGACGCGCUCCUCCAAGCGGCCAAGGAGGGAGCGCGGGGGGAAUGCCGACCUAAAGGCCACAGCAGCAGCUGCCGCUCCCACCCCACCCGUGGGCACCACGACGCUAGCCUUCAUGCGGAGAGCAGACGGGCGCAUCAGCGUGAGAAGGCCGCGCAAGGACUGGCCUGCCUUUGAACCCCAGGUGGAGCUCCUUGAAACCCCCACUGCUGGUAACCCUACUGGUGCAUCUGUUGCUCGUAACGCUGCUGGUAACCCUGCUGAUGCUUACGACACGGCUAUUGCUGCUCUGGUCUCUGGAGAUAUUUCUGCUGACGUGGCGACUCCAGGUCAGGUGGAUGAGGACACUGGUGCUGCUGAUGUGGCAGGUGCUGGUGCCUUUUCUGCUGACGUGGAUCUUGACGCAGAUGACGAUACCGGUGCUGGCGAUAAUGUGGGGAAUUAUGACGGUGUAGGUGGUGACGUGGCGGAUAGGGAUGUUGGAGAUGAGGACAAAUAUCUUGGUGAUGAGUCGGAUGAUUUGGGAGGUGUAGGAGAGGAUGAAGUGUAUCUUUCAUCCUACUUGCCUAGGAGGGGUCCGAAACAUCAUUUCUGA